CAAACACAAUAAAACAUGAAUAAAUAAUAUUAAAAAACAAUGUUUCACUGAACAGUAAAUGUUGUUGUUCAGUCCAGCUCAGAUGUCUGUUCUGAUUAUUCUUUUUGCUUCGGAUUUACUGAGUGACAUGGCUAUGAUGUCUAGUAUCCACAUAAAUGUGAUCAUAAUAUUCAUAAUUUCAAAUCCGCACAGCCUUUUAUAUAUGUUAAUGAUAUCCUGCCUACAGUGAACUUUUUAAUUUGUAACUCAUGUAUCCACUAUAAAACUGCAAUUGCCAUCAUCUCAACCGACAAAUGAUCUGAUGUUCCUCUUUUAACAGAAACUUGUAAGGCUGGUAUACUAAAAGUAAAACCUGUGCUCCCUGUAUUAGGAUCCUUAGAUCCAUCUGUUUAUACUCUGCUGCAUCCAACACAGCUUUGAUGGCUAAGCUCAGUAUCUAGCAGUAAAUACGUCGAAGAAAAUUAUUCAGAAUAUGUUAAAGUAGGCUAUAUACAGAUGCAUCCAAAACAUUGAACAAUAGAGUAGGGAUAGCAUUUAUCAUUCCAGAAUUAAAUGUAAUGUCAAGUAAAAGGGUAAGUGAAAACCUAGCAGUAUAUACAGGGGAAGUUAGCUAUUCUACUUGCUCUAAGCUGGAAACAAGUCAAGGUUUUGAUAGGUUCUAUCUCCAGUAGUGCUCUACCAAGUGAGACACAGGAAAUAAGGGCAGAUACUACUUCUGCAUUCAAAGAAAACUAGGAGAAAUGAGAGAACGCAAUAAGAAUAUAAAGGAGGAGGACAUUAUAUCAAGAACGGGGUUUUGUCACACCAGUCUGAACAGUACAUUAAACAUAAUGAAUAAGCAUGCUACAGUAGAUGUGAACAUUGCGGACUAAAGGAAACGGUGGAGCAUGUACUUUUAUACUGUCCUAGACAUCAGCAAGAUACAUAAAAUGACACUCCAAAUGAGUCGCAUGAGAAUAGGUAUUAUAGAGUCUUAAUACGAGAAUUUAAUGGAAUAAUACGCCUGUAGUAACCGUUCUGAUUCCCAUUCCAAUUCAGAGGGUGGCGGUAAUGCGACUAGAAGCUGUUUGCCAGCCGAGGAAGAAGCAGAGGAGGAGGCGUCAGCGGCAGCAGCAGCUGUUGUGAGAUCACGACGACACGGAGGUGAUAUUUAAACUGGAAAGGUAGUCCGUCAGUCAGAAAGGAUACCUGCUGGAUUACGCCGACCGGGACCACAACAAGAUCGGAAUGGAGGAGAAUCAGAACCCGGAGCUCCGCACCGACAACCCCGUUAAAAAGGAAGAAUCAGACUCACCCUCUGCUACCACCGAUAAACAGGGGAUGGAUAGCUCCAAUUCACACUCAAACAGCAUAAUAGUUGGCAGUAAUGCACCUCAACACUGGUUCCGAUGCGUCAUAAAACAGGAAAAAGAAGAAGAAGAAGAACAGUCCAUCAAUCAAAGAGGAGACCUGCUGGAUUUCACUAACCAGGAUCACUGCAAGAGUGAAAUGGAGGAGAACCAGAACCUGGAGUGCUGCACCAACAACCCCAUUAAAAGGGAGGAAUCAGACUCACCCUCUGCUACUACCGAUAAACAGGGGACAGACAACUCCAAUUCACACUUCAACAGCAUAAUAGUUGGCAGUAAUGCACCUCAGCACUGGUUCCGAUGCAUCAUAAAACAGGAAAAAGAAGAAGAAGAAGAACAGUCCAUCAGUCAAAGAGGAGACCUGCUGGAUUUCACUGACCAGGACCACUACAAGAGCGAAAUGGAGGAGAACCAGAACCCGGAGCACUGGACCAACAAGUCUAUUAUAAAGGAAGAAUCAGACUCAACCUCUGCUACCACGGAUGAACAGGGGAUAGACGACUCCAGUUUACACUUCAACAGCAUAAUAGUUGGCAGUAAUGCACCUCAGUGCUGGUUCCCAUGCACCGUAAAACAGGAAAAAGAAGAAGAAGAAGAACAGUCCAUCAGUCAGAGAGGAGACCUGCUGGAUUUCACUGACCAGGACCACUACAACAGCGAAAUGGAGGAGAACCAGAACCUGGAGCACUGCACCAACAAUCCCAUUGAAAGUGAAGAAUCAGCCUCACCCUCUGCUACCACAGAUAAACAGAAAAAAACAGCAAGAAAGCGACUCAGAAAUCACCACUGUCAGCAGUGCGAUAAAGCCUUCACGACAUCAACAAAUUUAAAGAUUCAUCAGCGAGUUCACACAGGAGAGAAACUUUACAGCUGUGAGCAAUGUGGGAAAGCUUUUACUACAGACAGUAAUCUAAAAAGGCACCAACACAUUCACACUGGAGAGAAGCCAUACAGCUGUGACCAAUGCGGGAAAACUUUCACUAGAGACCGUAAUCUAAAAUCCCACCAACGCAUUCACACUGGAGAGAAGCCAUACAGCUGUGAGCAUUGUGGGAAAACUUUCACUAGAGACCGUAAUCUAAAAACCCACCAAAGCAUUCAUACUGGAGAGAAGCUGUACUGGUGUGAGCAGUGUGAGAAAGCUUUUACUGAUAAGAGUACUCUAAAAAGGCACCAACGCAUUCACACUGGAGAGAAGCCAUACAGCUGUGAGCAAUGUGGGAAAACUUUCACUACAGAUGGUACUCUAAAAAGGCACCAACGCAUUCACACUGGAGAGAAGCCGUACUGGUGUGAGCAAUGUGGGAAAGCUUUCACCGAUAACGGCAAUCUAAAAAGCCACCAACGCAUUCACACUGGAGAGAAGCCGUACAGGUGUGAGCAAUGUGGGAAAGCUUUUACUUUUGAUAGUAAUCUAAAAGAUCACAUACGCAUUCACACUGGAGAGAAGCCAUACAGGUGUGAGCAAUGUGGGAAAACUUUCACUCGGAGCAGUUCCUUAAAAAUCCACCAACGCAUUCACUCAACACCAGAUCGUGAGGACACGGAGGUGAUAUUUAAACCUGAGCAGAAAGGUAGUCCGUCAUCCAGAAAGGAGACCUGCUGGAUUCCACAGACCAGGAGCACUAAACACAAGAGCGGAAUGGAGGAGAACCAGGACCCGGAGCACCGCACCGACAACCCCAUUAAAAGGGAAGAAUCAGACUCACCCUGUGCUAUCCCAGAUAAACAGGGGAUAGAUAACUUUGGUUCACACCACAACGAUGUAGGUGGCAGUAAUGCACCUCAGUGCUCAUUGCCACCUGCCAUAAAACAGGAAAAAGAAGAAGAGGAAGAACAGUCCAUCAGUCAGAGAGGAGACCUGCUGGAUUUCACCAUCCAGGACCACUACAAGAGUGAAAUGGAGGAGAACCAGAACCUGGAGCACUGCACCGAUAACCCCGUUAAAAUGGAAGAAUCAGACUCACCUUGUGCUACCACCGAUAAACAGGGGAUGGAUAGCUCCAGUUCACACUCAAACAGCAUAAUAGUUGGCAGUAAUGCACAUCAAUGCUUGUUCCAGUGCACCAUAAAACAAGAAAAAGAAGAAGAAGAAGAAGAAGAAGAACAGCCCAUCAGUCAGAGAGGAGACCUGCUGGAUUUCACCGACCAAGACCACUACAAGAGUGAAAUGGAGGAGAACCAGAACCUGGAGCACCACACCAACAACCCCAUUAAAAUGGAAAAAUUAGGCUCACCCUCUGCUACCACCGAUAAACAGAAACAAACAGGAAGUAAGGGACUGAAACAUCACCGCUGUCAGCACUGUGACAAAGCCUUCACAACAUCAAGAAAUUUAAAGAUUCAUCAGAGAGUUCACACAGGAGAGGAACUUCACAGCUGUGAACAAUGUGGGAAAGCUUUCACUACUGAAUAUAAUCUAAAAAGGCACGAACGCAGUCACACUGGAGAAAAGCCGUACAGUUGUGAGCUAUGUGGGAAAACUUUCACUACAGCCAGUAUAUUAAAAACUCACCAACGCGUUCACACUGGAGAGAGGUCGUACAGCUGUGAGCAGUGUGAGAAAACUUUCACUACAGCCAGUAUACUAAAAAGCCACCAACGCAUUCAUACUGGAGAGUUUUACUGGUGUGAGCAGUGCGGGAAAACUUUCACUACAGGCUGUAGUCAAAAAAGGCAUCAACGCAUUCACACUGGAGAGAGGCCAUACUGGUGUGAGCGAUGUGGGAAAUCUUUUACUGAUAAGAGUACUCUAAAAAGGCACCGACGUAUUCACACUGGAGUGAAGCCGUACAGCUGUGAGCAAUGUGGGAAAACUUUCACUACAGCCAGUAUACUAAAAAGCCAUAAACGCAUUCACACUGGAGAGAAGUCGUACAGCUGUGAGCAGUGUGGGAAAACUUUCUUUACACACAGUAAUCUAAAAAGGCACCGACGCAGUCACACUGGAGAGAAGCCGUACUGCUGUGAGCAAUGUGGUAAAACUUUCACUACAGCCAGUAUACUAAAAACUCACCAUAAUAUUCACACUGAAGAGAAGUCGUACAGCUGUGAGCAAUGUGAGAAAACUUUCACUACAGCCAAUAUGCUAAAAAGCCACCAACGCAUUCAUAAUGGAGAGUUGUACUGGUGUGAACAGUGUGGGAAAACUUUCACUACAGACUGUAAUCAAAAAAGGCACCAACGCAUUCACACUGGAGAGAAGCCGUACUGGUGUGAGCAAUGUGGGAAAACUUUUACUCAAAACAGUAGUCUAAAAAGGCACCAACGCAUUCACACUGGAGAGAAGCUUUACAGCUGUGAGCAAUGUGGGAAAACUUUUACUUUCUGUGGUAAUCUAAAAGACCACAUACGCAUUCACGCUGGAGAGAAGUCAAACAGCUGUGAGCAGUGUGGGAAAAAAUUCACUAGAGACUGUAAUCUAAAAAGGCACCAACGCAGUCACACUGGAGAGAAGCCGUACUGGUGUGAACAAUGUGGGAAAACUUUUACCGAUAAUGGUAAUCUAAAAAGCCACCAACGCAUUCACACUGGAGAGAAGCCGUACAGCUGUGACCAAUGUGGGAAAGCUUUUACUUUUUAUGGUAAUCUAAAAGACCACAUACGCAUUCACACUGGAGAGAAGCCGUACUGGUGUAAGCAAUGUGGUCAAACAUUCUCUAGAGACACUACUCUAAAAAGACACCAACGCACUCACACUGGAGAGAAGCCGUACAGGUGUGAGCAAUGUGGAAAAACCUUCACUCAGGGCAAUUCCUUAAAAAAACACCAACGCAUUCACUCAGCAGCAUCGUGUUGAACAUGUUUUAGAAGCAGGUUAGUGGUGUCUCCUUGUCUCCUCUCCAUGCCUUUAAUAACAGUGUUGAUCUAUCCCAAGCUAAUAGCAUGUACGCUGUUAGCGGCCCAUGUGACCAAAUUUUAAGCUCAGUGAUUGGACGUAGUUCACUUCUAUCCUGAAAGUUUUUUAAUUUCUCACCUUGAGUUUCAUGUUGAUCCAAGUUGUGGAACUGCUCAAAGUGAGUCAUAUAACAUUGUUAAUGGGGAAUAAUUAUAACACAGUAAAAUUAAAGGGAGGAAAAAAUAAAGUAGGCUAGUAUAAUGCUGCACAUACUCAUACUGUACCUAUACAUGCAUACACACUAGGGAUGCCACGGUGAGGAAAUUUUCCAACCGACUAAUAAACUCGUGACAACACUGGUGUUACAGUUACACUGGACAUUUUACAAAAUAAGAUAUUUGUCAAAGACGCUCCUCCGUAGAGCGCUUACUUUGAUCUUUAACAUUAGAUUUUUAGUUUAGAUCUCCCCCUUAUUUAACAGUUAGCGACGGCGGGCUUCAGGCUGCUGUCAGUGGGCGACCACCACUUAGAACCAGAACCAGAGCAACUCACCUGCCAUCCGGAGAGAGACACACUGAGAGCAGGCUGAGCAGGCAGAGAGCGGGAGAGUUGCUGCCGAAAACAAGCACUGAGACCCAUGGAGGAGUGAGAGAAGCUGCUUGCUAACAGCUAGUGUUACGUUUGUUUACAGCAGUCAGCAGACACUGUCAGUUUAUAAUUCUAGGGUCCAUAAUCCAACUGAGUAUUGAUGACAUGCUUGAUACUUGAUACAAAUUGGAGUUUUUUUAUUUGAUGAACGUGGGCGCUGAUACGCAAAAAUGAAAUAAAUGAGUUUGUUUUAUAUAAAAAAGCGAAAUUACGGUAUGGGCAGUGGGCAAGUAAUGUAAUUGGUGUACGUUCCUACACCGUGUAACACCGGUGUAAUUGACCACCGUGGCAAGCCUAAUACACACAUAUAUAUACAUAUAAUGCUGAUAAAACAAUCUCAAUAUGGGAUCACAAUAAAAGUUAUGUUCAUUACAAUAAUAAACUUAAGACUUUUUAACUGAAUAUGGAUAGUUGUAGCAGCGGUUGCCCUCCAGAAAAGAGGGAAAAACAUUAGUGGAACUGAGGGGCACAAAAGCAAUAAGAUGAUACUGCAGCACCCUCAGAUUAGCCUCUAGAAAUUAGUCUGUUGGUGUGUGAGUUAAGGAUCACACUAACUUGGAACAAACUGCUGGUUUAUUAAGACUUAAAAAACAACUCAUAUGAACAGUGUUGACAUUCCAUGAGCCUACAUCAUGGAUGUAUUAUAAGAGCUGGAUACUGGACUAAAAAUGGUGCCCAUUCAGUCCUAA